AUGUCUUCGUCCGCCGAAAAUACUGUCACUCCGGAAGAUGAUGUGGUUCAGAAAGUACGUCGCUCCCAGACCAUAUCUCUUAGUGCCUGUAUGCCGAUUCACAACUUGCGUCGAGCUUGUUCAGCCCCACGAAAUGCAACCAAGCCGCCUGUACUCGAAAAACCUUGUCAAGCUUCGCCCACCCCUGGAUUAGAUGAUCCAUGUGGACUAAUCCAAACUGCAAGUGAUGAAUUGUUGGACGUAACGGGCGUUUCGAUUCGUAAUCCAUACGAUGACGAAAUCCUACCCACACGAACUAACGGAAAUCAGGGCAGAUUGUUCAAUUGGAAAAGAGUAACUUCGUAUAAUCGUGUAUUUCCUGAAAGGAGAAAGUGUAUUGUACAAGGGAAAGACAACCCACGAUGUGACUGUGAUGGGGAAUCAAACCUGGCUCUUUUGUCAGAAGUGCAUUCAAAUGGGUCUUCAAGUCCAUCUUGCUUUCAUGACCCGCUGCUCGAAGAGUUAGAUCAUGACCUGCCGGCUCCACCGCCGCCGCCAAGGGCAAUGCCUCCGUGGCUCAAACUUGCGUUGAGUAAAAAAACUGAUCAAAUGCCCAAAAAGUACUCAAUCACCCCUCCCACCACCCCACUUUCUUCGAUCGAGAAAACUGACCGACAAAAGUCGGCAAGUCUUGAAUAUGACCGGUACGGUGUGCGAAUAUAUCCUGUGCUUCAGAAUGGCAUAAAAAUCAGCGACACUCACUAUUGGCUGCUUGAACCGCCCCGAUCAUUUCUCAUGCGCGGAACGCCAUCGUUGUCGCGGUAUCAGAGUGAGCGAGUUCCACCUCCGUCUCCUGCUAGCCAGGAUAUCAAUAGUUCAUAUAUAAACGUACCUCCUGGCGUUAACUUACGUCGUGGGUUGUCUGAUUCAAACAGGAACGUCCUAAACAUACUGUACCGGGAAAUGGCUCUCCGUCUAUCACAAGCUGUACCCACUGCCACGGAGGCAGAGUGCCAAGCGGUGCUCAUCGGCUGUGGUUACAAGUACGAAGAGGCGUUAAGGCGUCUGAAAGUGGAGUUGCUAUGCCGUAGGGGCUAUGUCUCGCGGUCAAGAUGCAAGCGUUUACUUAUCAAAUUCGACUGGAAUUUAGAGGUUGCCACCACUCAUGCGCGCCGAGAACAUCAGAUACGGUACAGUAAAUAUUUGCUUCAAACAGAAUCCGCGGCUGUACCAGCUGAGAAAAUUCGUGCGUCACCGAAUACACUAACAAUAGAAACACCAACCACCGCGUUUGUACCAUGCGUUUCCAUCUCUGAGCCAAGAACAUCCGUGUCACCAAAUCUUAGUCCUGUUUCAAGCUCACUAUUUUUUAGUCCAAGUGCUGAGAUGAGGUGA